CCUGUUUGAAAAUUUGAUCCAACUGAUCUGGACAAUGUUGUUCCGUUCCUUUCCUUUCACAUUUUUGGAUUUCUAUGUUACUUACCAUGUGAUUUAGUUAAUAAUUUGAAUAAGUCUUAGCCCCAUCAUAUCAAAGCACAAUUUUCUUUCUGAUUGUGUGUUUAUAUACUUGAAAAAUUGCAGUGCUUAUUCUUCAACAAUGGCUGCCAAUUGGUUUUCAUUUGUAUUCUUGCUUCUUCUUCUUCUUCUUGUUCAGUUCCCUGAAUUGCAGGGCCAACAAAGCUACGUAAACAACAAACAGCUUAACUGCGAGCAAAACGACACUGUUACUCGCGGCUAUGUUUGCAACGGCGCCGCCUCCUGCCGCUCUUACCUCACUUUCCGAUCCACUACUAUUUACAACAACGCCGUCAAUAUUGCCUACCUCCUCGCCGCCGAUGCAUCGGAAAUUGCGAGAAUCAAUAAUGUUUCCGAUGUGGGUGAGUUCCCUGUUGAUACUCUAGUCGUCGUGCCCGUCAAUUGCUCCUGCUCCGCCGCUGAUUCAAGGUACCAGCACAACGCGUCAUACACGCUCAAGAACCAAGGGGAGACGUACUUCUUGGUAGCGAACGAUACCUACCAGUCUUUAACCACCUGCCAGGCUAUGGAAGCUAAUAAUCCUUACGGUCCUCGAUCUUUGGUUGUGAACAUGAGACUCAACGUUCCGCUUUUGUGUGCUUGUCCCACUGCAAACCAGACGGCAGCCGGCUUCAAGUACCUGCUCACUUACCUAAUUCGGCAGGGGAAUGACUACAGUUCUAUCGCCCGUGCAUUUUCCGGCGCCGGCGCUGAUGUCCAAGGGAUCCUCAACGCCAACAAGCUCACUGAAAGCGAGCUCAUCUUUUUCUUCACUCCGAUUUUAGUACCCCUCACUAAAGAACCCACCAAGGAAAAUAUCAAUGCUAUACCUCCGCCGCCGCCUCCUCCUCCACCUCCACCGAGCCUGCCCACCACCCCCUCUGACGAAGGUGGCUCUUCACGCAAGUGGGUUUUCGUAGGAGUCGGAAUUGGUGCUGCUGUUUUCGUCCUAGUCUUAAUCUCCGGGGUUUGGUUCUUCCUCCACCGCCGUGCCCGCCGCCACCAAUUUUUGCCAACGCCACCGUCCCUGAUUAAGAAACUCAACGAUGAAUCUGUAGAGGGGCAGCCAUUUUCGUCGGUAUCAUCUGAAGGGAUACGGAAUGCAGUUGAAACUCUUACAGUCUACAAAUUCGAAGACCUGCAAACGGCCACGGGAUCAUUUGCAGAAGCGAAUAGAAUCAAUGGAUCAGUGUACCGGGGUUCGUUCAAGGGCGAUGAAGCUGCCGUGAAGGUAAUGAAGGGAGAUGUAUCGCGUGAAAUAGAUGUUCUACGGCAAAUCAAUCAUUCCCACAUCAUUAGGCUUUCUGGUUUCUGCUUGCACCAGGGAGUCACCUACCUUGUUUAUGAAUAUGCCGAGAAAGGUUCCCUCAGUGAUUGGCUACAAAAUAACAAGAUGCAGAACCAAGAUUCUUUUAAUUCCAUUCAUUCGACUGGCUUUCUUGAUUGGAAACAGCGAGUUCAGAUCGCUUAUGACAUUGUUGAUGCCUUGAAUUACCUUCACAACUUCACCAAUCCUCCAUAUAUCCACAAGAACUUGAAGAGCAGCAACGUCCUUCUGGACAGUAACAUGAGGGCUAAAGUUGCCAAUUUUGGUUUGGCCAGGAGUUCGGACACAGAUCAUAGCACACCCAUAAUGACUCGGCAUGUGGUGGGCACGCACGGUUAUAUGGCUCCUGAAUACAUUGAUAGUGGACUGAUCACUCCAAAACUGGAUGUCUUUGCAUUUGGGGUGGUGUUGUUGGAGCUCAUGUCUGGAAGGGAAGCAGUUGCUUCUAAAGGCUUCGAUAAAGAAGGCGAUUUGUUAUCCGCUCGCAUAAAUGAGGUACUCGAUGGGGAGAAUGUUAGAGAGAAACUGCAACAAUUCAUGGAUCCUCGACUAGGGAAGGAGUAUCCAACAGAAUUGGCAUACUCCAUGGCUCAACUUGCUAAGAACUGUGUUGCUCAUGAUCUCAAUUCACGUCCUGCGGUGGCUGAUGUUUUCAUGGUUCUUUCCAAGCUUCUUUCAUCCUCCUUGGACUGGGAUCCUUCAGAUGACCUUCAACACUCAAGAUCAUUUGGCGAUGGCAGAUAAUAGGUUCACCGAUUACUAUCCCUGAGCCAGCUCUUCAGCUGAAGCUUAUCCUACCCUGGUAUUGCAUUUGCAAUCAGCUCAUGUCUAGAAGUAUUGUCCUAAAUUUUUUGGUCCGUUUCAAUAAAGUUUUGUGUUGUCCGUAUUAAAUAGAAAAAUACAAUCAAUAAAUUCUGUGUUAUGCACCAAUGAUUUCAUGAAAAUGUGUAAUUUCUUUUCUUGAUCUGUUCUUACACAAAAGAAUUAGUUGCUUUA